AUGGAGUCCAUCUUGAUAGAGAGUGCUGAGAUCCUUCGAAAGUUCACGGCGUCGUGGAACUACAUCCUGGGUUCGAGCUACAAGUUAAGACGCGAAAGGUCCCUCGGGGAUUUUCGAAGGAAUGAAGAUAUCACGUUCGGCGCGAGGGAAGACGUCUCCCCGAUAACCGAGCAAGACGAAUUUUAUUAUUCGCACGACAAAGACCUUGCAAAAUCUGCUCGGGACUACGAACAAGAGUGUCAGCGGAGAAAAUCUGAUGUUAGACACGAUGCGUCUACAACACAGCCUGAGACCACGAAGACUGCUUGUGGAGAAAAGAGGAAGAAAAGGCAAAAAUCUUGUGUGUAUUAUGGCGAGAUGUCUGGUUGCAAUCUAACGAUGGAUGUGAUUGGAUGUCUUCCUGACAACAUUCAACAGGCCAUAAAGAGUUUCUCUAUCAAAAAGGAAACCGAACAUCUUACUUUGUCGUUUCCAUUUAUGACGGAGAUCUUGAGGAAAACAUGUUCCCUUGGGAAAGGCGCAGCAGGUCGUUAUGUGACACCCAUGAUUCUCUGCAACCACAGCUUGAAACUGACCAAUUAUCACCAGGCAAUAGUGACCCUCGCUCCCGAUUAUCAGAGGUCAACUCUUUGUGUGGUUCAGUUUACCAUCUGUCGCAGUUAUACCAGAGAAGGACUACAUCAACACUACACUCAGCUACUCUCCUCAGUGUUGAAGGAUUUCACAAAGAUGCGGUGCUUUCGUUUUCCCCAGUUAGUGGUUCUAGACGACACAGAUCCAAUGAUGAUAGGAUCUCUGUGCGCCAAGAUAAAAACCUCACUGUGCCCUCCGAUAACUGGGGAGAACAGUAACUGCUACGCCCACCGGAUGCAUGAAACUUCGACCAAGAUCGAGACCGGUUUUUAG